AUGGCUUCUAAAAAUCAGGAUGUACUUCUAUCUAGGGUGAUAAAUGUGGUUAGAACGGCAUCCUCAUUAGCCGGUCAAGAUGUGGACUUUUACAGGAAUUUAGACAGAGAAUUUAGUAAAGUUUUGAAAUCAAAAUCAGACAAACUUGCAGAUAUGGCGAAUGAAAUCAUCCUCUCUAUUGACGAGCAUCAUGAAUCAUUUGAACUUAAAGAAGAGGAUAUUUCUGGUUUGUGGAAUGACUUUGGAAAUAUAAUGGAUAAUCUGUUAGAAAUGUCGGAUCAUUCGCUGGAUAAACUGAAUCGUGCAAUGAACUCAAAGUCAAGUGGUGUUGAUCUUCAGUAUUUAGGCGACUUUUCAGGAAAGAGCUUUUCUCCAGCGAAAAGAGUCGAAAAACCUCAGUUGAAGUUCAAAACUCCAAUUGAUAACAGUGAAAGUCACCCGUUCAUACCUUUACUCAAGGAAAAGCCAAACGCUUUGAAGCCACUUUCUGAGAGUUUGAAGUUGAUUGAAGAUGAAGAGAAUAUCCCCAGUCACUACCCCCAUCCUUACGAAUAUGAAAUUGACCAUCAAGAGUAUAAUCCAGAAAUCCUUCAAAUUAGAGAUGAGAUUCCCUCUAAAUCUUGGGAUGAUUCUGAACCAAUUUGGGUGGACACGAGGACAAAACUUGAAUCAAUGUUGGGAGAUUUGAAAAAUACGAAAGAAAUUGCCGUUGAUCUUGAACAUCACGACUAUAGGUCAUAUUAUGGUAUUGUUUGCCUUAUGCAAAUUAGUACUAGGGAAAGAGACUAUUUGGUUGAUACUCUGCAACUUCGUGAAACCUUACAUAUUUUAAAUGAGGUGUUUACGGACCCUUCAAUUGUGAAGGUUUUUCACGGUGCAUUCAUGGAUAUUAUUUGGCUCCAGCGAGAUCUGGGUUUGUAUGUCGUUGGUCUGUUUGAUACUUACCAUGCCUCCAAAGCGAUCGGACUUCCUAGACAUAGUUUAGCCUAUCUGUUGGAGAAAUUUGCUAAUUUCAAAACUUCAAAGAAAUAUCAGCUGGCUGACUGGCGUAUGAGACCGCUUUCUAAACCCAUGACGGCCUAUGCCAGAGCUGAUACGCAUUUCUUACUAAAUAUAUACGACCAGUUGAGAAACAAGCUUAUCGAGUCUAAUAAAUUGGCAGGUGUUCUUUAUGAAUCAAGAAAUGUCGCUAAAAGACGAUUUGAAUAUUCAAAGUUUAGACCGCUGACACCUACUUCGGAAGUUUAUUCUCCAAUCGAAAAAGAGAGCCCUUGGAGAGUACUGAUGUAUCAGUAUAACAUAGCUCCCGAGAGGGAAAUUUUAGUAAAGGAUUUAUAUCUAUGGAGAGACCUUAUCGCAAGAAGGGAUGAUGAAUCGCCAAGAUUUGUUAUGCCAAAUCAGCUAUUAGCUGCUCUUGUCGCAUAUACACCUACUGAUGUCAUAGGUGUUAUUUCUUUGACUAAUGGUGUGACUGAACAUGUCCGCCAAAAUGCGAAAGUAUUGGCUAAUUUGAUAAGGGAUACAUUAGGAAAUAUCAAGAACACCUAUGAAGAAACUGCUCCUUUUCCAUCUUUCGAAUCCAAAGCAGACGGAAUAUCAUUAGAGGCUAUAACUACUCCUCAAAUUUGUGAUAUUAUGGAAAGAUUUUCGGUGUUAUGCAACAGCAAUGUGUCCAACGGUCGAGCCAAAACUGUCACUACUUCUUCCAUUCUUUUGGGAAAAAUUCUACCAUGUGAAGAGUAUGAUAUUUCAUAUAGCAAAAAUGGCCUGCCAAAUAAAGUAAAGAUUGAAGAUAUCAGGACCCGAGCUCAAAAUUUCAACUCUGCCUUAGCAAGUUUGGAGGAUAUUAUAUUCGAAGUAGAGAAACCUCUCCUUGUACCUCCCAAGGUACAGAAUAUUGAGACGAUAAAACCUGAAGGUGUCCCUGAGCAUUCACCCAAGAUUGAAAAUCCUGAUGAUAUUGUUGUCUUGAAGAAGAAAAACAUCCACAAGAAACAGCCAGCAAAAGAGAAAGACAUAAUGGAAAAAGAGGCCGUGGAUUAUUCCAAAAUUCCGAAUAUCCUAUCUAGUAAGGCGGGCCAAAAUAACAGACAACAAAGGAAGAGGAAAUUCGACUCAUCAUCUAACGAUAAUAAUGGACCGAGGGCAGCUAAAAAGAGGAGACCUGCCGCCAAAGGUAAGAAUGUGUCAUUUAAAAGGUGA